AUGGAUGACUGGAAAAGUCGGCUUGUAAUCAAGAGCAUGGUUCCCCAUUUCGCCAUGGUGGGAAAUCGUCAGGAGCCCAGAAAGCUCCAGGAAUCGGGACCCACUAAAAGGAGACAGGAAGGAGAUAGCUUCCAGUUUCCAGGCAUGGCUGACGGAGGUUACCCUAAUAAAAUCAAGAGGCCUUGCCUUGAAGACGUUACCCUUUCUAUGGGCCCAGGCGCCCAUCACAGCACACCCUGUGCAGAGCUGCAGGUGCCUCCAUUGACAAUGAACCCUAGCCCUGCCGCCGUGGGAGUACCUGGCCAUCCAUUACCACUCGAAACUAAUCCCAUGAAUGGCAGCAUGAUGGGUUCACCGUUUGCAGUGCCAUCGGCUGCAGAAAUGGGACUGAAAGGACCUUCCGGUCCCUACUAUGACAAAGCCAACAGCAUGCCGGCUGUGGACCAGGAACUUCAAGAUCUCCUGGAGGAGCUAACAAAAAUUCAAGAACCUUCUCCGAAUGAGCUAGAUCUUGAGAAGAUACUGGGGAGCAAACCAGAAGAACCACUGGUGUUAGAGCACCCGCAGGCAACCCUCGGUGCCAGUGCCAAGCCUUCGGUUCAGAUGCCACACUUGGAGAGCCUCGGUUCCAGCAAGGAGUUUGCUUCCAGCUGCGGCCAGCUCCCGGGCACGCCACUGCCAGUCCCGCCCUCCCCGGCCGGGCUCAGCUAUGUGAUUCCUGCCAGCGGGAAGCAAGUGGCCUCGCCAGGCUCUUCGGCAGCACAGACCAAGAGCCAGGUCCAGGGGAUGGUCCCUGUCGCUCUGCCCCCCCUCCCAGUGCCUCAGUGGCAUCACGCCCACCAGCUGAAGGUGCUGGCAGCCAGCAAGCAGGGGUCUGCUACGAGGCAGCCGGGGCCCAACCCCAGUUGGUCUGGCCUGCCUCCUCCAGGCCUCUCCCCGUCUUACCGCCCGGUGCCGUCACCACACCCGCCGCCACCGCCGUUCAGCCCUCAGAGCCUCAUGGUGUCCUGCAUGGCGUCCGGCAACCUGCCCGGGAGUGCUUUCCAAGGCUCCCCCAACGCCUUACUGGCCAGCAUGGCAUCCGGCAGCAGUGCCGCCCUGGGGCCCCCUGUGCUCUACACUCCCGAGAAGCUCCCCAGCCCGGCUCUCAAUCAGCAGCCGCAGUACAGUCCACAGAGCUCCCUCCUUGCCAACCUGGUGUCCUCUAGUAUCAAAAGUCCUCAGGGACACCUGAUGUCUGCUUUGCCCACCAGCAACCCGGGGCCAUCCCCGCCCUACCGCCCGGAGAAGCUCUCCAGCCCAGGCUUGCCUCAGCAGUCCUUCACUCCGCAGUGCUCCCUGAUCCGGAGCCUCACCCCCUCUGGCAAUCCGCUAAGUCAGCAGCAGCAGCCGCCUUCGCAGCAGCCGGCAAACACCAUCUUCAAGCCCAUGGCCACCAACCCACCCAAAACCCUGAGCGUGAUCAUGCAGCAGGGGCUGGCCAGCCCCAGCCCGGGAGCCCCGGAGCCGUUCACUUUUGGCAAUACCAAGCCCCUGUCACAUUUCGUUUCUGAGCCGGGCCCCCAGAAGAUGCCCUCCAUGCCUGCCACCUUGAGGCAGCCGUCCCUGCUCCACUACCUGCAGCAGCCGACGCCGACCCCGGCCUCUUCUGCCACCGCCUCCUCCACCGCCACUGCCACUUUGCAGCUGCAGCAGCAGCCUGACCACUCCUCUCUCCUCCUGCAGCAAAUGAUGCAGCAGCCGCCCCCACGCUUUCAGCGGCCAGUGGCCCCGGACUCCAUGCCUUCUCUGCCCAGACAGUCUCCCCCUAGCAGGCAAGGUCCUCAGCCUGGAGACCGAUCACCAUCUAACACUACUCAUGUAGACAAAGCCUGCAAGCUUGGGGAAGCCAGGCCCCCCCAGGUCAGCCUCGGGCGACAGCCCCCAUCCUGCCAGGCCCUGGGGAGUGAGUCCUUCCUGCCCAGCAGCUCCUUUGCUCAUGAGCUGGCCCGAGUCACCUCCUCGUACAGCACCUCAGAGGCAGCGCCCUGGGGCGGCUGGGAUCCGAAGGCCUGGAGGCAGGUGCCCGCUCCACUACUGCCUAGCUGCGACGCUGUAGCAAGAGAAGCAGAGAUCAGGUCUUAUGGCAAUGACCCCUGA